AUGAGCUUACUGAUAAAAUCAGUUCAAAUAGUGAAACUACAUGCUUUUUUUCAGCUACGGAUGAUAGUUCCUGCAAGGGUAUCGUAUUUUCCAUCAUUUCGAGCUUGGAAUCGGAAAGAAGCGUCCAUGAAUCACUUAACACUUUCAAGAUGGCAGGUCGCGGGGGUUUCACAGCAGGACGAAGCUUGUUCUGGUUUGAUCCCUCAGCAAGCUUCCCUAGUCUACUUGCAUCAGCUCACGAGUUAUGAAAAAAGAGAAAUUGAAGACUAUCCUAUUGUUUACACAGUUGGAGAUUAUGGAUCGAAAAAUCAAACGAAUCACGAAUUAGGAAUAUUCACAUUGCCCAAUGGCAGUUAUUGUUUUAAAGAGGGAGAUCAUAUCUCAUAUCGAUACUCAAUCGACGAAGUCCUCAGUUCUGGAUACUAUGCACAGGUGUUUCGGUGCACGGAUAAAAAAACCGAUAAGAAAGUAUGCAUCAAAUUAAAGAAUCGCAAUCUAUCAACCACUUACGAAGAAACUAUAAUUCUACUCCGCAUUCAUCAGCUCAAUCGGCAAAACAACUCCAACUGUGUCCGUAUGCUCGACUACGAUCAUUUUCGUGGCCAUCAUUUCAUUGUCUUAGAAAACUAUCAAACCGAUCUUGCAAGUUAUUUAUGUGGUAGAUCAAAACUCACCCCAAGGGAAUACAUUCCGAUGAUAAAAUCAAUUGUGCAUGGUCUCAAAUUCCUUCAUCAAAACAAAAUUAUCCAUGGAGAUUUGAAACCUGCCAAUGUUCUUCUCAAUGAAUGGAACAGAAACAAUUUGAAGCUCACUGACUUUGGUUUAUCUACAUUUGUCAACCAGGGACCAUUUUUCCGAGACUAUCAAACGCUAUACUAUAAGGCACCCGAAGUUUUUUGCCAGGGAAAAGUUAGCGUGGAAAUUGACAUUUGGUCAUUGGGAUGUGUGGCAGCCGAAAUCGUACGUGGUACCCCGCUAUUUGUUGGAGACAACUACUUUGAUCAAUUUGCUUUAAUUCAAGAAUUUUUUGGUAAACCAUCACGAAAGUUGUUUAACACUUGGGGAGGAAUUCACCAAUUUUACACGGAGUACUUCUUUCCACGUCAUUGCUUCGAAUGGCUUAAUCCUUUUAAUGGAGACCGCACCAUGGAAAUCGAACCACAUUACAAACUGGCACAUCCGUCGAGAAAGCCUCCUUUGACUAGCUCACUGGUAAGCAAGUUGCCAGGAGGAAACCAGAAAUUUUUGGCUAGAUUCCUAAUGAGAUGUUUUGAAUGGGAUCCGACUGAACGCAUCAAGUCAUCAUUCAUUUUGAACCACCCGUUUUUUCAUGAAUCUAUAAACAUUCAAUAACUU